UGGUGGUGAAAGUUAGGAAGCUUGUCACCUUUUUCCACAAAAGCCCCAAGGCAACUGAAGUUCUGCGUGAAAUACAGACCCAGUUACACCUGCCCAACCACAAGCUCAUCCAUGACGUUUCCACCAGAUGGAACAGUACCCUCGACAUGUUGGAGCGUUUCUGGGAGCAGCAGCCUGCUGUGCUGAACACCCUGCUAUCCAGGAAGAUAAAGAGGCGUGAGGCUAUGGCCAGUUUGACAGAAGAUGACAUGACACUGAUCCCAGAGAUCAUCAAAUUAAUGUCACCACUGAAAGUGGCAACCACACUCCUCAGUGAGGAAAAAAAUCCCACCAUCUCCAUUAUCUCUCCAGUCCAAGCCAAAUUGCAGAGACAAUUCCAACCAGAUGAGAGUGAUCUAGAGGUUAUUUCCCAUAUGAAAGACAGAUUCAGGCAGGACUUUGAUGGCCGUUAUACAUAUCUUGAAGGCACUCUCCACUGUGCCUCAGCACUUGACCCCCGUUUUAAAGACCUGGCUUUUCUGGAUGACAGUGAUGCCAAGGAUAUGGUAUUCAUGAAGAUAACAACAGAGGUGGUACAGAUGAAUGGAGAGGAAGAGGUCAGUGACACAGCAAUGCCGAAUGAAGACCAGGCAACAGGCACAUUGGAAGAGGACCAGACAGCUGAAACAGAAGGCGACAAAAGCCCUUCCAACGAGGACAAGACAGAUGAUGCCCCUCCAAAGAAAAAGACUGCCAUGGACCAGAUGUUUGGAGAUUUCCUGAGUGCAAGACCACCAGCAAAGACCAUCAGGGAGAAAGCUAAGGAUGAAAUCUUAAAAUAUAGAGAAAGGGACACUUUAGGUUUGGAUGGGGAUGUGUUGCAGUGGUGGAAACUGCAAGUAGAUCUUCCACUACUAUCAGCUUUAGCAAAGAGAUAUCUGUCCAUCCCAGCAACAAGCGUACCAGCUGAAAGAGUUUUCAGCACAGCUGGAGAUAUAGUUACAGCUCAGCGUAGCUUGCUUCACCCUGAUCAUGUUGAUCAGUUGAUAUUUCUGAAGAAAAACCUUUAACUGAAGGUGACUGACCGAUGUGCACUAUUCUAAAAAGCAUUUUUUUUUAUUUAGAAUUUUAUUUAA